GUUUCCAACUUACCUCCACACCAUGAACACAAUUCGCGUCCAAUCUGCUCUCCUACGAAGGCCAAAUAUCCUUCGACAAUUCCAUGCUUCCUGUUGUCGUCUGGACAUAGUAGGCCCUCCAGAUCCAAUCUCUCACCUUCGACCAAUCGUCUACGACGAUGCACCUCUCCCACCUCCGUCCGAUGUCCGACAUCCCUAUUCCUUGCGAGAGUUCACAGGAGAUACACGAGAGUACCAUUGGAAAAUGCAGAGACAACAAUUGGAUGCCUAUAACCAUUCAUUCUGGACUGACAGCAAUAGUCGGUUUGAAGCUGCGAAACAAGCUUACCUGGAUAGCCUACCGGAAUCAUGUACUCCGGAAGACCAGGAAACGGCUUUAUCAGACUUCUACUGCAAAUGGGUCAACCAGGAAGCAUCUCGCCAACAUAAAUAUAGCAAAGAGUGGAGGAAACUAAAUUGGUCCAAUAUCUUCCUCGGCGCACGCGUCAAGUACCAGAUGAUUUGGUCUCGUAUUACCGGGUCGUCGUCAUCCUCAUCAAAUGUUCGGAAAGAUUGAACAGCGCGUACAAAUGGAAGCAGAUACCCAAAAUUACAGAAAAUCCUUCACCCGAAUGAACGCAUCCCCCAAAUUCAACGCAGCGACCUCCUGUACAUCAGCCUCAUAAUCUUUUUGUAUUGCUGCAACCUCUUCAGCAGGAAUGCCAGGCCAACGCGUCGAGAUUUCCUCAAAGGACGGGAUGACCAAAGUUGCAUCGGGUUCCAAGGCGUUGGUGGAUAGCCCAUAUGUGGUAGCCUGCAUCGCUGCGUACAGAGCUGUACUUCGGAAUCUUUCGUUGACUUCCUCGUCGGGGACAUUAGCGGUUUGUCGAAUUCUGUCCCAACUGGAGAUGAUAGCGGUUGUAUGUCAAUAUCGAUAGCAUCAUAAAGGUUGAGGUAACGGAUUGUACGUACUCGUCGUGUAAAUAGAUCCUCCGCCAAACGCUUCGCAAUGCAGAUAGUCGGCGUGCUGGUAGCAUUUGCUGGAAGAAACGUUAAUACUCAGAGGAAUUAUUGC